GCUGAGUGCAGCAAUAGCUAAGGGCUCCAUGUAACACUGGUGGAGAAACAGACCAUGAUCUUCACUGCAAUCUUCACACGCUGAUUCUCUUAAUGGAGUUCUACCACUGAGUCAUGGAGUUAUCAACCGAGGCGAAAAGAGCCAUUGCCUUGAAACCAUCACAGACUGUAUUGACUGCGUUUCCCUACAGACCUCACAGUACUCUGCUGGACCUGCUGAGGGGAGAACCCAAAGUCUUGGGGGCUGUCCAGAUCCUGCUUGCUCUGAGCAUCUUGGGCAUUGGGAUUAUAUUUCUACUUAGUUAUAUCAGUUUCUCCAUUGAAUUCCCUGUCGUCUUCCUCACAGGAUACCCAUUCUGGGGAGCACUGAUCUUUCUUCUUGCAGGAUGCCUCACAAUAACUGACAAAUCAAAAAAACUUCUGGGACUUGGCAUCACAACUGUACAUGUUAUCAGCUGCCUGGUUGCAGUAGCCGGGAUUGCUCUCACUAUCCUAAGCUAUCCAAAGCAACACAGAUUCUGCCAAAACUACCAGCCUUCCUUUGAAGGCGUAUGUGCCUUAGGUAGAAUAAUGCUCAUGGGAAUUCUUUCAAUUUUACUGAUCAUUAGCAUAGUAGAGCUCAGCAUCUCUGUGAGUGUCGCAUCCCUUAGAGCCAAGUGCUGGAUGAGAUCAAAUGAGGUUGUGUUUUUCUUGCCUGCAGAUAUUACUCAAAAUAGUGAACAGUCUGCUACUCCAGAAGAAAAUGUUCAACUAAAAUUUGAGCUUCAAAAUGAUUCUAUCAGUGAGGAUGCAACAAAAACAGAGAUUGUUUUCUUUGGAAGCUAUGCUUUUUUCAAGUUAAAAGUCUCAAGGAUUACUUCUAGCUCCCCACCCACGUCACAACCACAUCCAACAGAUAGAGAUGAUUAUGAGACAACUUCUGGUUCUGUGCCAGAUAUUCCCCUAUCAUUUAAGUUUUUAGGGGAAGAAAAUAAAUUAAAAAAAUUGUCUCCCAUAUUAGAGAAAAAGAUCUCAACUGAGAAAAAGAGCUCAGAUGAUAUAAUAUAUGCUCAGCCAGAUUUUACAACCGGGCAACAAAAAGAUAAAGAGAUUGAAUAUGCUUCAGUACAACACCCACAAAUGCAAUUACAGUUGCUGAAGGAUGAAGAUUUACCAAUCAAAAAUUUUCUAAUUGAUUCUGUACAAAAUCCCCAAACUUUUCCACCAAAUGAUUUGCCAUCCCAAGCUCUGAUAGUACAACAAACACCAGGAAAAGGCUUGCUCAAUAACUCUCCACCAUCCCAUAUAAUAGAAUCUUAUGACUUGACAUCUGAAGACUUGCCCUUCCAAGAUAUACCGUCCAUAGACAAACUAUCCCAGGACACAAAAUCCCAGGACAUGCAACUUACAACUAAGUCAUCCCAAGACACACCAUCCCAGCACAUAAUAUCUGAAGAAAUGCAAUAUGGAAUUGUGCCAUCACAAGAUAUAUGGUCCCAAAAUUCAAAAUCCCAAAGCAAAUCAUCCCUUGACAAGUUGACCCAAAACAUGCCAUUUCAAGACGUAACUAAAAGCACAUCCCAAGACACAUUGUCACAAAAUACACCUUCUCAAGACAUGACAUUUCAAACACUUUCAACACAUGUGCAGAUUUCUAGCACACAACAGCUGUCUGAGCAAUCCCCAGAUCAUCAACCACAGAACGUACAAGCUCAAAAGCAGCGAUCUUCACAAGUUUUGUAUCAAGACAUUCAAUCAGAAGUGUCGGAACUAACCCAAGGAUGGAAAUCUCUAGAGCAACUUCAUGGCAGGAAAUCCUCAAGACGGCAUUCCUCAGACUGGCAGAGCAAAGAGGAGCAGUCCCCAAGGAGGCAUUCUUUAGAACUACAAUCUAAAGGCUCACCACCUGCAAAGCGAAAAUCUAUAGACCAACAAAUCAAAGGUUGGCUAUUCCCAAGGAGACAUUCCGUAGAUAAGAAAACCCAGUAUACUCAGACAUCAGAGCAAUUGUCAGAGCAGCAAACUGAGGAUCAGCAGGCCAAGGUGGGGCAGUCCUCAGAUAGGGAAGGGGACCAAGUCCCAAAAGAACAAUUCAGUGACAGGCAAAGUGAAGAUCAAUUAGCUGCUAAGAAGCAAACUCAGGGUCGACACACAGAAGACCAGUGCGGAUCACCCUCAGGCUCACAAUUUCUUGAAGAGCAACCUCCAGAAUGGACAACUCAGAACUGGCAGUCUUCUAAUCAGCAGAAUCAAGACUGGAGAAAGAACAACUGGCAAAAUAAAGACUGGAAAACACAAGAAUGGCAGUUUGAAAUGCAGCCUUCCCUAAACUGGGAACCCCAAGCCAGGCAAACCCAAGAUCAGUUAGAGGAAGAAACCCUGAAGCAGAAAGCUCUACAACAAGAAGACCAGACUCAGCACACCAUGAAAAGAUAUUACUUUGGUCAGCAAUCACAGCAUUUUCUGUGUCAAGACAGUCAAAACCAAGAUAAGAACCAGCAAAACUUUCUAUUCAGAUUUACAAUGAAAGAAGAUACACAAACAGAAAGGAUGCAAAUAACAGAUAACCAACUAGCAGACACGAAAUACAGAGACCAACAACUAGUGGACUUGCAAUCAGAAGACAUGAAGCCAGAUUGCCACCCUUCUUCCUCCCAAAGCUUAGAACAAGACACAUGUCUAGCUUACUCUUCCAAUAUAGGUUCUGAACAAGAUGUGCAACAGAACACUUCAGUUUGCUCAGAUUCAUACAAAGAAGACCUGAAUUUCCUUUCAUCCUCUUGUCAUUCAAAAGAGCAACAGCAAUCAGAAGAAUCUGACUAAAAUGCAGAGUCCACCAAGUACCACAUAACAUCAAUAAUGAAACUGAAUGAACAAAAACCCAAAUUGUCUCCUCUAAUGUGUGUGCACAACUCUGAUUGCUUCACCAGAAAAUCAAGGACAAGCGGAACACUCAAAGAGGUUGUCCUUAAUUGAAAUAAAUGACAUCA